CUGAAAGCAAACGUCAAUUGUAGCCAGUUGUUUCAAUCUGCCGUGCCUAAAUGACUGUUAAUUGCCCGAAAAAUGGUGCAAAUCGAUUGGGAUCGAAUAAGAGGUGUCAGGGCCUCAACUCUCACAGACAGCGAGAUCGAGGACUUAUUUCCUAUGGUGAUAAAAUGCGAAACCGAGGAUAUAGAUGAUAUUUUCGACUUGCGUACUGUUAUGAAGUUAUCGCAGGAAAUGUUACAGUUCAAGGAUAAUCAGGUGGAAUCUUUAUUAUUAGAAUGCGACGAGCUCAAAGAAAAACUAGCCACAAGUUCACCUUCAUCGAGGAAUAAUCGAAGGCCUCCAGAGGCUGAUGCUAUUGAAGAGGACAUGAAUGACCCGAAAUUACGAGAUGCAUCAUUAGCCGAACAUUAUGAAGAGAUGCUUCACGAGAAAAACGAUAAGAUCAAGACUCUUCUGCUGGAGCUGGAGGGAAUCGAGAAGGAAAAUAUCGAUCUCAAGCAAAAAUUAGAGGCAUUAAAAGAGGAAAUGGAGGAUGCAACAGAGAGCAUGAACGAAAUGACAGAUGAACUGAAGGAUUUACGAAAUCAGACUGUUUAUUACAAAGACGAAGUGAAGCAUUUGAAACAAGAAAAAACAGCUCUGUUCACCCAAAUAGAGGAAAUAACAGCCCAACAAUUAGACAGGGAUCAAAUAAUCGACGAGUUCGGAGCUGCAAUUGACGUUCGGGUGUCAGAAUGGAAAGACAUUCUGGAUAAUAAAGACACGGAAAUUGCACAUUUGAAGGAGCAGGUCUCGCAAUCUCGUAUUCACAGCACAACUGGAAUGAGAGAACACCAGACAUCUCAGAUUAUUUAUCUUAAUGGAGAAAUUGAAAGGAGGGAUGUAGAGAUUUCGGAGCUAGAGGAGAAACUGCUGGAAGCAGCUAGCGAGUUGAAUGCCAGUGCAGAGGUCAUGGAGGAAUUGAAGAGGAGUAAUAAGAAGUUGGAGAAGAGUGGUAAGCGGAAGGAGCACAGGGAUCUGCUGAGAAAGGCCCAAGAGGCCAAUGAGAAGAUCUCAGUGCUCCAAAAAUCCCUUGGUGUCGCUGAGGAUAAUCUCAUGCAAAAAAGCCAACAACUCUGUGAUCUCCUGGACACUCUGAGGAGAUAUGAAGAUAAAGAUCAUGGACUUACCGAGGCACUCGAUGAAAUUAAAGAUCUCAAAAAACAACUUGAUGCCAAAAAUCAACAUGUCCAAGAUUUGGUGACUGUAAUCAAUAAAUUAGAGGAUUUCAACUCUCAGCAGGAGAUGCAGAUCGCAGCCUUGAGGAAAAAAUUGGGAUUACCUGAGGAGGAAGAGGUGUCGAUUGAAGGUGUAACUCUCAGACAUCAACAGGAAGCUACGAUGAAGAAUCAGUUGAUGCAGAAGAAUUCAGCUCUUGAACAAGAGAAUGUCGAUCUUAAGGCGGAUAUUCGUACCCUGAGGUACAGAUUGAAUAAAUUAGGGGAGAAAAUUCUCUUAUCACGAGAUGCCACGACUUCUCGGAGGAAAUCAAUACGUCCUGAUACAUCGAAUAAUGAUAAUUGGAUCGCAGAACACGAAAUCAUCGCCCUGAAACAUAAGACUGAGAUGGAUGGGCUCCAGGAGAAUGUUAGAGUAGUUAUUGAAGAGAAUGAGGCUCUUAGAAAGGGAAUGCAUGAGAUUCUGGAUAGCAUUCGUGACCAAGAUGGCAAAGGACCAAUUGAUGUUCAAUCUGGAACUCUUGAACGCCUCCUCGAGGCUCUAGAUGUGAGACAUCUAGCUGGAUGGUACCACCCAGCAAUGAGGCUUCAGGAACGUCUAAACGUCGUCCAAGGAAGCAACACAGAAUUGAGAACUCAAAUAAAGCACUUGAGGAAGGAAAUCCAGAAGAAAGACGAAUUACUCCGUAAAAUAGCGACAAAAGGGGAGAUCAAGUCUGACAGAUCCUCCUCUGAGUCUGACAAUCAAGACAUCAAGACAAUCAUAGCCGAGUUCCAGCAAAUGCAAUCAGUCUAUCGCAAAGAGCUCGAGCAAUGGGACGAAGAGAGAGAGUCUCUCCAAAAGGAGAAUUCCGAUCUCAAGGAGACGAAUGAAAAAGUGACAGCACAAUUGGAGAUAUUCGAGAUAGAUUUGAAGGCCAUUGAAAGUGGUGAAGAGGAAACUCAAAGAGCUCUGGCAGCGCGAACCACAGAAUGUUCUGAAUCCGCAGUGAAUCGAAUCAUCACCAGCAGAAAAUUGUCUGCUAUGGAAGCUCUUCUCAGUAGUGAAUCAAUGAAACUAUUUCAGGUAAAGAAAGAAGCCGUCGCUGCUGAGAGCACUUACAGGAAAAUCCUCGCUGACAUGGAAAAACGUGGGAAUCUACUCGAGAAGAAAAUCAAGAAGUUAGAGACCCAGAUAUUAAAUUCUAUCAGUAAAAACGAGUACGAUGAUCUCAAGGAGAAGUAUGACCAAGUCAACAUGCGUCUGAGAACUUCGUAUGAACUUCAAUUCGGUGUCGAAGACUCGAAGGAAUCGACUGAUCGGUCAGACUCCGCCAUUCAUUCCCCUGGGUCUAGGUCAAAAGAAGAUAACGUGAAGAAUCUUCUGACGAUCAAUUCCGAAUUGAAGAAUCAAUUGAGUCAUGUGCAGAAUUCUUUGAUCCAUUAUUUACAGGCUCCGCCAGAUUCCAUAGAUGAUAAAAAUCAAAUCACUCAACUGCAGGAUCAAAUCGAGACGAUGAAAAUCGAGAAUGAGAAUUUAGUUAAGACUCUGACGAUUUCUCGUGAAGAAGCCGAACUGCAUUACAUUAUGAAUUCGUUGAAAACCCUGGAGCUGGAUAAUUUGAGGCAUCAAAUAUUGGAUCUCCAGGCGGUUUCCGAGGAUAAAGAAACGAUUGGGCGGUUGGGAAACGAGUUGAAUAACUUGAAAGCCGUCGAAAUCGAGAUGAGCAAGCGAAAAAUUCAGAUGGAAUCAGAAAUUUCUCGUUUACGGAAUGAUCUAGAGGUCGCAGCCAAUAAAAGAGACGAGGCACAAGCUAAACUUGAAGAUUUUCGUCAUUACUGCAGCAGCAAAUGCAAAGCCUACACCGAUAUUAUAAACUUCCUGCAGACUCAAUACUCAGGAAGUACCUCAAUAACAUCAUUACAGAGAUACGAAGAUGCUCUGCAGAAAUUGAACGAAAGUCGUGAAGAAAUAUCAUUGAAGCAGAAGGAAAUAAAAAAUCAGAGCGAUAGUGUUAAAAGCCAACAGGAAGCCCUGACGAAUCGCCUGGCGAUUGUCGAUCAACUGAAAGGUAUCCUCGAGGAACAGAUCGGUAAUUCGGAACAGCAAUCGAUAAUGCAUCGAUUCUCGGAGCACUCGCAGAAUACUUUAAACGAGUACCGAUACAAGAGACAAAUAUCGCACCUAGAGACUGAACUGCAGAUGAUGAUUAAUAAACUGAUUGAAUAUGAAUCAACGAUCAGUCAAUUGGAGUAUGAAAUCGUGAACAUGCAGAAGAUUUGGAAGCCAAAGACAGACACUUCAGCCAAGACUGUCACAAUUUCUAGCCCAGUAACUCAAGAAAUCGAGAAGAAAUCGGUUUUCACGGAAGCGAGAGUUGAGAGUCAUUCAGUGGAAACACAAAGCGAUUUGGUGGUUGAACCCCAGGUUAUCUCCGUUCUUGCUGAAGUGCAGAAAAUGGAGAGAAUCUCGAAUAAACGAGAAAGCACGGAUGUAACAGACAACCGAGUAUUAUUUCUCCAGGAUCAGCUGAAGGAAGCUCUGACUUUGGCUUCAGAUCGUUCAGCGAAACUCAUUGAUUACGAAUCCCAAAUAACUGAGUGCAGAGCUAAACUUGGGGUCUUGGAUAAAGCCCUGACUGACAAGGAUACAGAGAUCAUUGAAAAGAAUAAAUUGAUUAGCCAAAAAUCCUCUGACAGUGGUGGAGACGUUGAGGGAGCUAGCAAAGUGGCUCUCAAGUCAACUAUCAACAGCUUGCAACUAAUUAUCAGUCAGAAGGAGGAGACGAUCACACGGUAUCAAACGCUCUUAAAAGAGGAUAGGGACGAGCACAGUAAAGCCGCAGCUCGUCUUCAGGAGGAGAUAAAAAACCUCCGAAAAGAAAUAUGUGGCUUAAGAGAUGAGAAUAAUACGAAAUUAGAGAAGAGGGGCCUGAACGAAGUAACAGAACCUGACAUUUCCCUUUUAAAAAAAAAAAUACCAGAAGACUCGAAGAAAGAGCCUCAGCCUGACGUCGAAACUGAGGAGAAGAUCGCAAGAUUGGAGGAACAGGUGUCAACACUGGAAGCAGAUCUCCACAUUACAAGGGAAUUGAGCGACCGCUGGAGAAGACUUGCUGAGGAGAGACUUCAGCACAUGGACGAUGUCAGGGACAGGCUGGAGACUCAGCAUAAACGGGAACUUGAGAGCUAUCGAGAAGAGUUGGACAAGUGGCAGAACGAAACGAGUGCUCUGAGAGAGCAGUUGUCUGAGAAUCGUAUGAAACUGGCUAAGGGGAAUAUAUCGUUAUCCAAGGAGCUGCAGGACCGUGACACAAAGAUCGAGGAGUUAACAGUGGCUUAUCAGCAGCUUCAGAACGAUUUUGAUAUGAUGGAACAGAUUAAUCAACCAGUGAGUGUUCACAGCUCUGCGACCAACAAAAUUCAGGAGGGAUUGCACGGGCGUGAGGCAUCUCAUCAUCUGCAAAACGAGUUGGAUCAUCAGAGAAGGCAGCACAAGUCUCUCAUGGAAAAGGAGAAGCUGUACAGAGAUCAGAUCGUUGAUUUAAAGCAACAGCUCAGCAGGAGGUAUAUGGCUGAGAAGACUGAGGAAAGAAAGGCAUCACAACGAGAGUUGCAGUUGGAGAGAAAACUGAAGAGCAUGGAGGAGGAGCUGAAUAAGGCUAGGCUUCAGUUGGAUCACGAGUACAGGGCGCAAGAAGCUAAGAGAGUCAAAACAGCUGAGGAGUUGUCACUCUGGGAGAAGCAGAAGAAAUGGCAGCAAACGGCUGAGAAACUCAAGAAAGAGUUGAAGGAGAAAUCUGAUGAGUACAAAAAGUUGAGCUCCAGCUACGAUAAACUCAGAACUGUUGUGUCCUGCAUGGAGCGUGAAAAAUGGUACUUGAGGAGUAAAUUGAAAUCUGAGAGUGCCAAUAGCGCUUGUGGCUUCUCAGCACCUUCCGAAUUCAACUACAAAGUCGUUGAAGAUUUGCAAGUUGAGUGUCAAACGCUAAGGGAUAGAAUUAAUGAACUGACCAAUCGUCUCGAAUCCGAAGAUACAACUCAGCUGUUUCUUCAGCUAGAAAAGCAGAAGCGGAGGAUCGCUGCUUUGGAAAUUGUUGCCGAGGGAAAUUCCCACACUGUCGAUCAAUUAGAAAAAUUAGAGAAAGCUAAAACAAGUCUGGAGAAAGUGAAUAUUAAAUUGGAGAGUGAGAAUUUUGAGCUGAAGAUGGAUCUUGAAAAGCUCCAAGUGGAUACGCCACGUCUCAGAGAAAAGGUCGAGCAUCUGGAGAAAUACGUUGAAUUGCUGAAAAUUGAGAAAUCCGCGGAUUCUGACAGAUCCUCUGAGAAAGAGCAAGAACACUUAUCCAAGAAAUCAGCUCUGGAAUUGGAGAAAACCAUAUAUGUUCUUAAACGAAUCGUCGAAAAGCUCCAAGCAGAAAACAAGAGGCUCAGGCUCAAUUCCAAGAAUCAUCAUCGCUUGACUAAAUUCAAUUCUUCGUCAAAAAUCUCGGUCCGGGAGGACAAUUCCACCCUGAAACGUCAGUACGAACAGGCGAAGAAGCGAGUUAUUGCACUUGAGACUGAUCUACAGUUGGCAGAGCAAAGAAUUUUGAUGCUAGAGAAAGUCAGGAGCGAAGAGGAGAAUUGUGGAGAAGUUGGUAUUCUCAAACAUCAAUUAGCUCACAAGUCGGAAUUAUUGGAUAAGGUUAAACUGCUCCUGACGCGGGCCGCUGUCAACGAGAAAGCACUUCGUCAGAGAAUACGUCAGAUUGAAAUGAAACAAACACUGGCUACAAUACCAGAAUGUCAUUCCUCACCUUCACAAAGCACUUGAAGCCAGCGGAAUUACGACCCUAAUAUCAAUUGUAAAUAAUUUCUGUACAAUGGCAUGAAGUCUUCAUUACUGACUUUUCGAAACGAAUCACCGUUUAAUAAAUAGCGUAAAGUGUACAAUAAUACGGGUCAAGGUAAAUAAAUUAAUUAAUUAA